AUGCUCGACAUGAUACGGCCCACGCGCUGGCGCGGUGUCGCCCUCGCCGUCUACUAUACCGUGCCGUCGCUCGGCGCCUCGCUCGGCCCGCUGGUCGGCGGCUUCCUCGUGCACGCGGGCGGCGGCUGGCGCUGGACAUUUCUCUCGGCGGCUUUUUCCGCUCCGCUGCUGGGCGGCGUGGCGCUCGUCAUGGCGCCGAUCCCAUGGUGUUUCUGGAUCUAUGGCGAACGGAUUCGGAAAAGGAGCCGCCACGAGACGAGUAUAUAG